UGUCGGCUGAGCGGGUCCGGGCCGACGCACACCGGGCCGGGCAGGAUGUCGCGCCAGGCCGGUCGGGGCACCGAGAGCAAGAAAAUGAGCUCGGAGCUCUUCACUCUGACCUAUGGAGCUUUGGUCACUCAGCUGUGUAAGGACUAUGAGAACGACGAAGAUGUCAAUAAACAGCUUGACAAAAUGGGCUACAACAUUGGAGUUCGAUUAAUAGAAGAUUUUCUGGCCCGGUCCAAUGUAGGAAGAUGCCAUGACUUCCGGGAAACUGCAGAUGUAAUUGCAAAGGUGGCAUUUAAAAUGUAUCUGGGCAUCACCCCGAGCAUCACCAACUGGAGCCCAGCAGGCGAUGAGUUCUCCCUCAUCUUGGAAAAUAACCCUCUGGUGGACUUUGUGGAGCUGCCUGAUAACCACUCAUCUCUUAUUUACUCCAACCUCUUGUGUGGGGUGCUGCGAGGAGCCCUGGAAAUGGUUCAGAUGGCCGUGGACGUGAAAUUUGUCCAGGAUACGUUGAAAGGAGAUGGCGUCACAGAAAUACGGAUGAAGUUUGUUAGGCGGAUUGAAGACAAUCUCCCGGCUGGAGAGGAGUGAGCCACAGCGCAAUCUCCCCAAGGGCCUGGAGGGACCAGCUGCUGUGGCCUAUAGCUCGUCAUGGACUCGUAGGGAUUUAGUGCCCCCUUUAAAUUCCAACUCCUAAAGACUCACUGACUGUUUACGUUGUUACAUUUCCAUUUUCCAUAUAAGACAACUCUCUGGGUUACUCUACUUAUCCCACAGGUUCACUCUAAAGAUUUUCAUAGGGUGGAUAACUUUUUCAUACGACCCACAGAGACUCUUUCUACACUCAGUUUUUAGCUGGAUAUUCAGCUGUGGGCAAAGUUUGCUCCUUAAACGCUAAAAGAUCUCCAGGCGGUUCAAGUAUGGGACUGAGUUUCAUAACCAAAAGAGAACCCACCACGGGAGCUGCUUUCUUCUUGAGACACAUGCAUUGCUCCCACUGAUGCUUGUGAAGGCUAUGCUAGGCUUGCAGAUGGAGGGGGUGACGCAUGUAUGUAGCAGCAAAGAAUGAAGCAUAUAAAGUGAAAGGAAUGGGAGCGCCUAAUGGAGCACACAGUCGGUCCUACUCUCUCCAAUUGUGCCUCUUCUUACUGAGGACACAGUGUCUGUAGUUAAAACUCUGCAAUAGGCUCAUGGAGUGAAAAAGUGAUGGCAGAGCACUUCAGACAAGCCCUUUUUAUCCAAAAUAAAGCUUGGGGGCUUUUCAGUGCAAA